GUACAGGUCCGAGAGGUUUUUCUUUUGCCCCACCACUUUCCUUUUGUUUGCUGCUGAAUCAGAACAAACAUCAAUCAGGUUUUCAGCAGAAGUGAAGGUGAGCUCUUAUACUGCAAAGCUGGAAGGAUAAACACCCACUAUUUGCUUCCCAGUGCUUUGAGGAUCUCUCUAUGUUUGAAUGUAUAGCUUAUACUUAUCAGUCUUGUUUGGACACCUAUUUGAACAUAUUGACUGCCUAUAUAUAGGUAUGUUUACAUCAGGAUCAAUGGAAUUAUUUUUAGGAUGAUGUCAUGUGAUAAAGUUUGUUUCCACACUUCUCUGUUAUAUUUGCAAUAAGGAUUUGAGAUGGUGACUACCCACAAUGACUAUACUCUACCUCCACAGUCAGAAGAAGAAAUGCUUCUGAAUAUCAGUUGCUGGAAACCACAAGGGUGUGUGUGUGUGUGUGUGUGUGUGUGUGUGUGUGUGUGUGUUAAUGUGCCUGUUUGCUGCUUGAGGGUUUCCUAUAGCCAUCUGGUUGGUCUUUGUGACAACAAGAUGCUGGACUAGAUGAGCCACUGGCCUGGUCAGGCAAGCUCUCCUUAUGUUCUUAAAUAAAUAAAAGAAAAACACACAAAGAUGAAGAGGAAGAAGCCAGUUCUUAUCCCUGUUUCAAUAAAUUUCCACUUAGCAGUCAGGUGUUGCUACAGUUAAUUAACUAAAUAAAGUUGUGGCCCUAAUUUACUCCACCACAUUUGUUUUGUCUCUUUAUUUGGGGUCUGUGGGUGGAAAACAUGUGCUGUACUACUGAACUAUGGUCCUUCUCCAAUUGGUUUUUUUAAAAUCCCCAUAAUGACUGAUUGGGUAAACAUAUGGUUCUUUGGAAAAUAUGUGGAAACUCCAUACAUGAUACUACCCACCGAUUAUGGACAGCGCUCCCAAAAUAUGUGCUCUCUGUAAAAUUGUGAAUUUAGGCAAUCCUACAGCUUAGUUUGGGAAGGGAUCCUUUUAUCGGCUUUAGUAGAAAUGAUAUAAGGAGUCAUGUACAAAUAAGUAUUAAGUUUUAAGUUUUAAGGUUUUUUAUGGUAAGACAAGGUUAAAUAAAUUAAGGUAAAUUGAAUGACAGAAUAUAGUGAAAGAUGGAAAGGAUUUGCUGAGUUAAUUCAUAGGUUAGAUCGUCAAGAUAAAUUAUAUAACAAAAACUGAGAAAGAUGGAAAGAAUUUGCUGAAACAAUUAAUUAAAUUAGAAUACAAAAAGGGAGGUGUGAGGAGGUCGAUGAAACAAGUAAAUGAAAGAUAAAGAUAUGGAACAUUGGAUGUGUGUUUUAAUGUUAUUGUUGUUGUUUUUUGCUGUAUUGUUGUAUUGUUUUUUAUACUUUUCCUUUUAUGUAUUGUAAUGUAUGUCUUGUCAAUUUUUUUGUUGUUUUCUUUUCUUCUUCUUUCUGUAAUUCUUAAACUUCUAAUAAAUAUCAUUUUUUUUAAAAAAGGAAGGGAUCCUUUUAUCAUAAAUAAACCUAGAACUGGCUUUCAAAGGCUCAUUCUAAAGCUUUUGGAAAUCUCUGGGCAUUCUUCCACUGAUUCCAUAAUGAGGUAGUUUGCAGAAAUAAGUCAAUAUACAUUUGAACAAUAUUGUGUUGGAAAAGUCAGGAAAUUCAGCCCUUCUUAUACAGUAUAUGAAUUCUCCUUUGUCUCUUGUCUGUCAUUUACAAAUGACUGCAUGUCUUUGACAGAUGUUUCCCUAUUUGUGAGAAGAUGUUCACAAAUGAUUCUCAUGUUUAAUAAACAUUUUUCCCCACAGUCAUUUUUCCCCAACACGGUUUUCAGCAAUAGCAAAUAAGGAUAUUUCAUUGCCAAGUGGUUACUUACUGUUGUGCACAUGCAUGUAUGAACAUAUUAUUAUGAGUUGGGGAGUUGUGAUGGACAGCUGUGCUAGACCAGUCUUAGAAUUCCAGCAAAGGGCUGGAGCCUCUCUCUGAUUGGCUACCAAGAUAGCCAGCCAGAGAGGGUGGAGCCAGCACUUUGGAAGGGAAAAUAAAAGGAGCCGCUUCUGAGAGAGGGUUCAGAUGAGGAGAUUGAUUAAGAGAGAUCAGGAAGGAGAGGAGAGUUGGUUUUGGUCUGUGUGUAACACCCACUCUGUGGAAAAUAUCUACAGCUAGAGAAAGGAGUCUCUGAGCUUCAAUAUGAAGACAGUGUGUAGUGUCUUGGGAGAGUCUUCAGAAAGGAGUUAAUUGGAGGGCUGAGUUUAAGCAGGAGAAGUAGAAGCUGUGAGGAUACCGUCUCCUUGGGUCUCAUGACAGUCAGGAGGGGAGAGAUCUAGAAAGAGAAGACUCCCAAACCAGUUAAGAGGGGUGUGGUGAACUGCUGAGUCUGUUAUACUGCCAGAAGUACCUCAGGAAUGGGAGUGAGAAAAGGUUGGGAAACUGACAGAAAGUUCCACCCUGUUUAAGAACCAAUGUAUUAAGUUGUAACACCUAUGCAACAGUUAAGAUAAGGAACAGAAGUGAAAUAACAUCACUUCACGUUUAGCUAAGUCUAAAACCUGUAACAUCUAACUGAAGAGUAAUAAUGUAAAAUAAGCAACUGAAGUUUAAAAGAACUGCCUUGUUUGGAAGCCAACAACACCCACUAGAUUUAGUAUAAUGAUUAAUAAGUUUACUAUUUCGCGAAGGUACAUUAUCUCUGGACAGUUUAUCAACUUUGUUCUGUAAAAUAAAUAUUUUCUCAUUUGUUCAACUUCUGUCUGAAUCUCCAAGGAUCUAAGUUUACCCUCACACAAAAACCAUAUGAUAACCCAUGGUGGUUAUAUAGAGUAUCCGUAAGUGGGAUCCACCACAAUUGAUAUCCAGAACAGUGGGAUCUGCUACAAAUUGGUGUUAGCGGUGGGAUCUGCUAUAGGGGGUCAGUCUGGAUGAUACCUGGAGUACUUUCCAAUUCUUGGGAUCCUGUAUCUGGGUGGAAUGUAUGAGAGCAAGCUUGCCAAGCUUCUUUCUUUACCAAAGUUAUGCAUUUGGCUAGCUACACACUAUUAUAACCAAAGAAAUUGCUCUGUGCCAUAAGGCAAAUGGAUAGGCCAUCCCCACCACGACACACCUAGUUGCUAGGUAAGAUAACAAUAGCCAAAGUGGUGUGUAUGAGCUGAGCUGGAAGCAGGAUGGAAGCUGCAGUCAGAGACUUGCUCGCUCUGUGCUGGAUCCAAAGCAACAACCAAUGGAGAAGCUAGAUCUUUAGGAAUGUUAAUGUUUUUAGCCCCUCCAUUUCAGGUUGGCUGAGGUUGUAUAUAUGUGUAAAUAAAACCAUAUAUCCUAAAGACACCACAAUCUCUGUUGACCUUCAUUCCAAGGAAACCACAUUCUGGGCAAGCACUGGAACCCCUGAAAUCUCUCAGUGCUCAAUAGAUUGGGUGAUGUAUAACAAUAUGAAACUGAUACUGAGUCAGAACAGUGAUAAGCUUGCUCAGGGUCUCAGGCAAAAUCUGUUGCGUGGCAAGACCCUCAAGCUGCCCCCCCCCCCCAUUAGGAUAAAUAAAUUCACACAGACACGGAUAUUUUGUUUAAGGUUUUUGGGCAAAAAUUUGGCCACAACUUUAUUGAUUACAGGAAUGAGAGCGGUAUUUGCUUAGGCAUUGGCAAGACUAUAUCUGACUCCUACCCCCUUUGCAGGAAGUCCGUAAGGGUCAACCACCCAAAGGGAAAUUGCUUCGGGGGAACCCGCCUGCAUUUCCCCUGGUGUUCCCAGAGGCCUGGCAUGGCCCUAGCCCCUCAAGCAGACUUCAGACAGGAACCAGGCCCCGGAUUCCUUUAACGGAAUACCCUUGAAACUGGAGGGGCAGGCGAUGGCUGACCUCCCCUUCCCCAUUCACCAUAAGCCAAUGCCUAACUGCCAAACCUUACAAAGUUGUGACAAUUGCAAAAACCAAGUGGCCCAUGCCAAUUUGCCAAAUGGAAAAAUUCCUACCCGGAUCCCGACUCAAGCCAGGCAACCAACCAAAGUCCAAAGCAAGGCCAAAGGAUCUAAAUUAAAGGGAGGGUGGGCGGGUGUUUGGCAGUGCCAAGCAGGAGCCAAGCACACGUCGCACUGCCACUUUUAUACUUUUCCCCACCAUCACCCUUUGAAUUGAUUGGGCAAUAGCCCUGGGUGAUUGUGGUGCCACCCUGGCGUGAGGGCAAUAGCUCCACCCAUGCCAGGGUGGUGGUGGGGAACCAGGUUGAGAGCCUGCCCACAACCAGGACCAUCUAUUAAGAUGAUCCCAUUUAUUAGCCCUACUACCAGAGCUCCUUGUGAAUAGAGAUGGCAGGGACUGAACUUGUGACCUUCAUUCUCAGUGACCCAUCACUGAGCUACUGACCAUUCUCAGUGGUGAGUAAAAUCUGGUAGCCCUUUUGUUUCUGAUCAAAAUCCAGGGGAAACAGAUGGUGAAAUGAGAUUCUUUUCACCAGUUGGCAGGACAGAUGGGACAACCAGCUACCAUAUGGUUACAUCAAGGUUAGUCAAUGUGAUGUUCUCCAGAUGUUGUUGAGCUCAAAUUCCCAGUUGUCCUAAACAGCUUGGUAAAUGGUCAAGGAUCUUAGGAACUGAAUCUGGGCAUCAUCACGGGAUUGCAUCGGAUACCCCUGGGUAGGGAUAAGUGACUGGCAACUUUGGUUUCUCCAGACUUAAUCUCAUUUCUCUGCAUGUUCACAUCUGCAUGCAUUUCUUUUUAAAAAAGUUUUCCUGGAAAUUCCUCAGCAGCUUAGUGUGAAUUUCUUCUAAUAUACAUAUUUUAAUGCAGUUCUGUCUAAUAUAAUGCAUUUUAUUUUCACCAAAAUAUGCAUUUCUAUGCACACUUUACCCCAGUGUAUACAUAGUUGUACACAUAAUGUGGUUGGAUAACUGCAUUGCAAAAAUUGGAGAAGUGUCAAUCAAUCUCCAUAAUCGCAAUGGUUUUACAAAGUGCUGCCACCAUCUUAGUACACCCUAUAUGUCCCCACUGUGGAAGGAUGUGUGGAUCCAGAAUUAGCCUCCACAGUCACUUACGGACUCACUGUUAAAACUGUGUUUAUGGAAGACAAUCUUACUCAGCUACGAGUGAUCACCAGAGAAAAAGAAGACACCCUAUAAUUUGUGAUUCAUACAAGUAGUGCCUACAUGUAACCUUGGAGGGCAACCUUUAUGUAAACUGGUGCAAAAUGAUGUAAACUCUCCUGAGCUGGGGAAUUGUUACCUCCUUGAGCUCACCAUGGCAUGAGGGAAAUAACAUCCACUUUUGUAGUCUAGUAUUGAGCACCAGUCCCAUGUUUCAGGACUGGGUAGUGGGCAGCAGACUGAGAUGAGCCAGUCCGAAAAUGAAAAAUCUGUUCAGCUCUAGUUUCAUUACUUUUCUUAUCUCAACUCAGUCUGGAACAAACAAAUUACAUCCAGAACUGGCUCCGUGUGUGUAUAUACAGUGCAAAAAUGUCACUAUGUGAGCCCUCAAACAAGCAUGUUUGCAAAGGGGAUGUAGUUUGACUUCAUUAAAAAGCCCCCCUAUUGGCAUGAUCUGUAUUUAGUUCUUGGAAAUGCAAGUUCAGCGGCUUAAUUCCCAGCAUGCUAAGGUUAGUUAGCAAAUGGUCCUGUUGCCUGGCAGUGCAAACAUUUGAUUUCUGGCAAGACAAAUCUACAGAGUUCCUGGCAAAAACACACACAAGUGGAUGCUUUAUUCCUCCUCUUUUUCUGCAAGCACACCCAUCUCAUUUUGGAGUCUCUAGAGACAGCUAAGAUACGGCUCUGCAUUUCUGACCACGGAAUGCAAAAUUAUUCCUUUCAGGAGAAACAUUACAUGAACCUGUUGGCAACCCAAACAUACAGAAGGUUCAGCUUCCUCACAAGACCAGCCUGGUGUGACUUGUGAAAGAACAAGUCUUGUUGAUUUGCUGCCAGUGGAAAUUACUGGUGGUCACACCAAGGCAAACAUACCAGAUGGAGUCCUGAAAGGGGAAAAAAAUAAACCAACCUGAUUUUUGCAAUCACCAGCCAUCAUAUAUUUAUACAGUACCUAUGCCACCAUUCUGAUGUGGAGUUAUAACAACAUAAGAAGAGCCUUUUGGAGGCAGCCAACGGCUCAUCUAGUCCAACAUCCUGUUCUCACAGUGACCAACAAGAUGCCUAUGGGGCACCUGGAAGAAGAACUUCAGUGCAAGACUUUGGACUAGAUUACCCUUGUGAUCCCUUCCAAUUCUCCCCAUAUGUGUUUCCAGCAACUCUGAUUCAGAGGCAUGCUAUCUCUGAUAGUGGAGGUAGAACAUAGCCAUCAUGGCUGGUAGGCCUUGAUAGCUGUAUCCUCCACACUGAUGAGCAUCACUACCUCUUGCAGGAGCAAAUUCCAUGGCCUAACAAUGGACUAUGCAAAAAAAAAAAAAAAUUCUUUUAUCUGCCCCAAUCCUCCAGCAUUCAGUUUCAUUUGAUGGGUGAAAACCAUUUUCCUAUCCACUUUCUCCAAACCAUGCAUUCUUUUAUACAUUUCUAUCAUCUUUUCCCUUGCCUUUCCUCUAAACUAAAAAACCCCACAAAUGUUGCAAGAGUCCAGAGAUAUUUCACACAAUUUAUAUGUGGUGGGGGGUAUGGGGUGCAAGGGAAGGGGCAGUGUCUCUGCUGGGGGACAUGCCAUGCUCCUUCUGAGUAGUUGGUCCACCAUUCGACCCCAUCCUGCACUCAGCUCUCACCUGUAGUUCCUAGAAUCUGUCAGCAUGUGACAGUGGUCACACCCCCAGGUAAUGACUUCAAAUGGUCAGCUAAACCAAGUGGAGGUAGCUGAUUGGUCUUAAACACUUGAUGAAUUAGAGAUUUGUCUAUUCCUUGUAUGCAAGCAUGGGCCCCAGUGGAUUGAGUGGACAAGACCAACAGUGGGCCCAACAGUCAAGAAGGCAGUUACUCCACGUGCUGUAGAGGGAAAUGAGGGGCAGCUGGGGCUCGUCAACCUGGGAAGGUAGCCCAUCUAGGAGAAGGAAAACUCUUAUCCUAAACUUCCACUGCCUUGUGGCUAUACUCAUUAAUGAGAAAGGCUUCAGGAGUAAACCCUGAGGAAAAAUCUGUACCCAUGGCCUUGCUAAGGAAUAAACCCUACACAAAUCUGGAGUGGAGUUCCUAAGAUGGCUUAUUGGCAUCGUGUAUGCCUCCUUCCAGCAAUUCCUGCAGCUAAGCUGGUGCUAAAUUUAUUGCUUUGCUUUCCUUUGGACCACAUCACUGAGGCCAAGAGGUGGAUCUUGUCGUCUAGGCAGCCCAGGACCUCCAUACACACUACUCAGACUUGUGCCCUGGAGAGGUUGCACCAAAAAUAUUGUGAGAGGCAGCAGUUACGAGUUAUAAGCUCGACCUGAUUGGCAUAAGAGACAGGCACUACGGGUUGCCUUCAUUGGUGGGAGAGAUUAUCAUGUCUCACUGGUCAACUACUGCCCACCUUAAACCGAAAGGCCCCCGGUCAAUAAAGUGCUGAUCCGCCACUGUCUGACAGCUUCAGUGUGUGGAUAUGGUUCAGGGAAGGUCAAUUCCUGGUAAAUAUACACAGUGAUUGAUGAAAUAUCUAAUGGGAACAGAAAUCAAUUGAAAAAAGUACUUUUGUGUGGGUGGGGUAGUAGUUAAGCAUUAGCCUACUUUCCCUUUAAUUUCCUUAAUAUACAGAGCUGUCUCCCUGACCCCAUUGCAACCAUUUUCCUUAACACAAUGAAAUUAUAUUAACCUUGUUGAACAAUCUAACUGACAGCUUUAACAAUCCCAAUGAUUACACAAAUGGAAAACAGUCAUGCUGCAAACUGCAGAUUUCUUGUCCCCUGCUGGGCAUUCUUGGGGCCCUUGCUAACUCAAUUAGCCCAGUAUUUCUGCAGGAUGUGCCAUUUAAUUUACUAAAAACCACUCACAAAGGCUACUGGAAGGCUCAAUUGAGAUUAAAACAGAGGAUUAUUUUAUUAUUUAUUAUUAUUAUUAUCAUUGCAUGUUCAGACCCAGAGAUCUCACUCCUAAAUAAACACACAAUUGACUCAAAUUUUAGUUUUAGUUUUUGGCAGAAUUUAGGCCACAACUUUAUUGAUUACAGAAAAGUGAGUGGUUGCAUAGGCUCUGGUUCAACUAGCUCCCUGCACCCUUGCAGGUAGCGCUGACCCAGAGCUCCAUCAUAGGUCAGCCAAGGGUGAACACCUGAGGUAGGUGAAAAGCCUGGGAACAGACUCUGUCCACACCCCAGAUGCUCCCCUGGACUCAGGCAUGGGCACAACGCUCUCUCGGGGGUUGACCAAACCAAGUUGAGUCCCUGGGUUCCUUUAAUGGAAUGCCCUUCACAUAGGGAUGGUGAGACCGCUCUCCCAUCCCCAUCACCUGAGCCAGAGCCUAUCCACGAUUUGCUACGCAGCAGGAGAAACCCAAAUAGCAACAGCCAAUCAGCCAAGUGGGGAAAAUUCCUGCCAUGCCCCUGUCCCAACGACAGACAACACACGACGGCAUAGCAAAGUCAAUCACAAGAUGCCCUAAAAAUAGGGAGAGGUGGACGAGUGUUCUGAUGCACGAGCCGAAAGAGGAAGCUCUGUCCCUUGAUCCGUUUAGACUGCACCCUAGUGACCAGAUUAAACCCAGCAACGAGGGACCUACCAAUUGGGGGUUGUGGCUGUCCAAUAUACCCACCCACAACCAGGAGGGCAGUCUCUAGGUCUCACCGCAACACCUGCCCUCUCUUAGGGAGGACACACUUUAUCAAAUGGUAACAAAAAUGUAUGUCAGGGCAUUAAGAAGUAAAGCACACUUCAGGUCAAAAAGAUUUUUUGUAGGAUUCUUUCUGAGAAGCUUGGUUCAAGUUGAAUUUUGUACAUGUCCCAGAACUAAAUGUGCCCUUGGUGUGCCCUGAGAAAUGAGUUUGAUGCUAUUGCAAAGGAAUCAGAGGAGGGACAAGGGCUCAGUGGUAGCAUGUCCCCUUGUCUGAAAUUCUGGACAGUUACUGCCAGUCUGUGUGAGAAAUAUUGAGCCACAUAGGCCAAUGGCCUAAGUAUAAAGCAGUUACCUAUUUUGCUAAAGAUACAGUCUUAGAAUCAUAGAGUUGGAAGGGACCAUGAGGGUCAUCUAGUCCAACCCCUUGCAAUGCAGGAAUCUCAGCACAUGGUCCCUCAUCCAAUGGGGAACCAUACUGGACCCUGCUUAGCUUUGCAAAUGUGCUAGCAGUUUUAUUGCUGCUGGAAUUCCAUAGCUGUGACUACCAGUCAUGUUUUGGUCUUUUUUUAAAAUGUAAGACCUCUCCACUCCCUGGCCAUAACCCAUAACCCUUUCAGGUGCUAUGGCAAGCGGUGGGGCGGGGGCAGGGUCCUCACCACUUUUAUCCAACAAAAUAGAAGGAAAUAAUAAAAAACAUACAGUCCUGGCAUAAUCUAGAGCAGUAAAUGUUACUGGAUUAGCAGUAUAUCUGCAGAAGCAGGCAAAGCACUUGGCAACCUGAUGGCAAAUAUGCACACCCUCCCCAGCAAACACUCUCCUGAGGUGGGACAGUAUCCUUGCUGCCCUUACCAGAAACUGGAGGUUUUGUCAGAUGAGAUGCUUGAUAAUGGCUUUCCCCACGAGGUCUUCAAAAAAUAGUGUGAACACCACUCCUCCUGAGUCUAUUCUUGUAUUGAGCACAGAAUUUAUAGCAUAAAAUGCACUAACCUGAUUACACCUCGUGAAAACAAGGAAUCAGGACUUUAGCAUUUUAUAAAAAUUCAGUUUUAGAGCUAUAUCACUGGUGUGUUAUCUCAACAUCCAGUUAAAUACAAUGGUGAGCUUUCUCACAGAAUGGUUAUGACUCCCACUUUGUCAAUGAAAAGUUUUUAUAAGUUAUUUGUAUUUGUCAGGGUAGAGGGCAUACUGCUGUUGUAUGAUCCAUUUAAAAAGAGUGGAUAACUGUGGUAUUUUGCCUGUUUGGCUAAGAGAAAAAAUUAUGCCCACAGUUAGGUGAACUCUUAACGUGAAGGUUCUGCAAGCAAAUAAUAGCUAAAGGUACAAACAGAGAUCUGGGUCCCCGUUUCUCUGUUUGUUUUCUUUGCCCCCCCCCCUUUCCUUUUGAUUGAAGGCUUAUAUUUUAGAUGCUCACAUGCUCAUUUUCACUUCUAUCUUAACUGAUGACAAGGGGAAGGUAGAUGACAAAGGGAAAAUAAGAACAUACCUUCAAGGAGACAUGUAUAUGUGAAUGAAAAUUUACUGACUGUAAGAGGAACUUUCAGCCCAAAGGCCACAUUUUCUUCUAGGCAAUCUCCAAGGCACCACGUGCUAGUGGUGGAUGAGGCCAAAAGUGAAAGUGGGUGGAGUUACCUUUAUACUGUAUAUACUUUAUACUGUUCCCUUUAUACAGUAGGCAAGCAAGAAGUACUAUCAGAGUGCAAGGACACUUUCUAACCAGACAAAAACUCUCAAGGAGAAGUGCCUCUUGGGGUUGUGGCUGGGGAGGGUUGCUCCUUGCCCCUGCCUUCUGCCUUGUCUUCUAUUCCUGGCUGGGUCUUGGUUUUGACUUAACCCACAAUUCCUGGUUCCUGUCUUCUGUGGUUCUGAGUUGGCUUUAAUUCUGGUUGUCUCUCAGCAAUAAAAUAUAAUUUUUGAAUGUUUUUAAUGAGAUUUGCACAUGGACAAUAGGAGAAAGUGUAUUGUGUAGUUCUGGAGCACAGAAUUUCAUCCUAAAGCUUUGGUUGCACAAGUGAUGGUCCAAAUGUUACCAGUUUGGGGCAAUUUCGUUCCAGUCAAAGUCUUCCUUGGGCUAAUGCCUGGCCACACCUCACUCUUGUCUGGCAUAUUGUAUUUCUAUUUCUCAUUACUCCUUUCUCUUUCCAGUAUAGGUUACCUUCACACAUUAAACCAGUCUUUCCCAACUUUGUGACUUCCAGAUUUGUUGGACAACAACCCCAGUCAUCCCUGGCCAUUUGCCAUGCCAGCUGCCACUGAUGAAUAAGGAGCCCAAAACACAUGACAGGCAGCAGGUUAGGGAAGUCUAUAUUAAAGAAAUAAACAGUAUGACUGGUUGUUGCUUGUCACUGGAAAGCUGUAUCAGAGCUGCUAAUGGAGAUCUGGAUUAAUUCUAUCUGAGACUUGGCUCUCUUGGAUCCCCUUAUGUAGCAAAAGAGGGAAUGUCUGAAAAGGGGAUAGGUUUGAGGUUUGAUUUCUGUUUUUCAUGAAUAAAGGACUACAAACAUGUAAUAUUACAAACAUGCUAAUGUCACACAUGCAUGCUGCGAGGCAUGAUGAUGUGUUGUGUGCACACCUGUGGCUUGUGUGUGUGACACGAGCACACCCCCUGUGGUAUGCAUGCAUAGCCAUCAGGGAAUUUUGAGGGGGCCCUUGUCUCCCUGCCUCCCCCACCCGAUGGCAUGCCUGUAUUGAAGAGUUACAAUGCCUGUAGUAGGUGUAAAAAUUGAUAUGGGAGAGACCUGUUUCAUUGCAGGUGAGGCAGAUGAAGGUGUUCGAUUUUGCUGCAACAGGUGUACCAUGACAUUUCUUCUCUAUGCACUCCUCCUAGUGGUCAUUCCUCAUGUGGUCCCUGCUGUAGAUACACAACCUGACUUUCUGUAUCCAGGCAUUACAAUCAUCUGCAAAGGAUUCCCAUAUGGUGGGUUUCAUUUUGCCAGUCUUCACAUCACAUUUGCAGACAUUUUUGCAAGGAAGAGUUGGUCCACCAACAGGCCUAGUGUCUAGAGCACAUCCUUGGGGUUCCUGUCAUCUUCCAUUUUGUGUAUAUGACCAAGGCAGCAGAGACGUCACUGAGAGAGUAGUGUGAACAUGUUGGGAAUGUGAUCUAUAGUUUCAGGCUAUAGAAUGACUAGCAUAGUUUUCUCACAAAACAUGUGUACAUUAAUUCCAUUCUCGCAAUUAACAUCACAUCUAGUUCGUAAGGAACCAUCUCCAUUACAAUGAUAACACAGGCUUGAUUCCUUUUUGUUUUUGCCAUGUUUCAUAGCAUAAAUUGAAAAUGUAGCUCUCACUCAUAAACGAAUAAGACUGUCUUUCCACCAUGCACAAUGCACUACUCCCGUCAUCUUGACCACACCACAUCGACCACCAGCAACAAAAAAACCCUAAAUGCAGGAAAGAAUAAGUCUGUCACCCAUUUUUAUAUCCUGAUUUGUUGCAGUUGGAGCCUCUUUUGUAUAACAUAAUUAAGAAAAGUACUCCACAAGAGGUCCUUGCAUCCACUUUCUUCUAAAGAGAACUUGUAACACAAUUGGGCCCCAUGCAAAUAACUUGCAAAUAACCUGAAGGCCACAUCCUGUUCAAUUACAAUUAUCACGCAAGCCAAAUUCUUUGCCUGAAGCCCUCCUCAUUUAUCCAAACAAUUCCACAUGCACUUUCUUUGCUGUCCUGCAGAUGUAUAUAGUGUAUCUCUGACCCCUUUUUGAGUCAUUAGCAAAUGUACUCAUAACAGAACCAUUGAUCACAUUCACAGCUACCCCCAGGGUGAUUAAUGAAAUAUGCAAAGUGAACAAAAUCACACUCAGAAUUGAUUCCUAAAGCAUCCUAAUGAUUGUUCUUCAAAUGUGAAUGAUUCACUUUCCCUCAUGCCUCCCAUGUUUUAUUCUUAACCAUUUUUAAAAAAUCAAUAAGAAUUUGCACACAUGCCGCACUGGGUUUUGCCUUGAAGUCUCAAAGUGCUUUGCAAAAUAAAUGAGGCCCUGCAGCGUUCAAUCUGCUGAUUAUCUUUUGCUUUUUUUCCUAGGUGGAAAAGAUGGUAAAAUGAAGUGUGUUCAGUAUCUACAGAUUGUAUCAGAGAUACUGCAAAAACAUCUGAAGUGGGUUACUUUGUACACAGGGAUGGAAUGCAUCCUGCCCCUACAGAUAAUUCUUCUGUAGCUUCUACUGCAGAGGAGAUAGCACACAGCCUGAACAUAAAUCUGAAACAAACAAGACUUUAUUAAAACACACAUCAAAGACACAUCUAUAGCAGCUGCACUACUUCUGCUAGAGAAUUAAACACUGAAAUCUAAGCUUUGCAAGAGAUCAACUGUGGUCCAAAGAAGUGUAAACAUUAUUAUUAUCAUUUGUUACACUUAUUAGUUGCUUUUUUAUGAAAAGUAAUUUCAAAGCAACUUACAAUAUAAUGCAUAAAAUUAAAACUGAUAUAAGACUAAAACAAAAUAAAAGCUGAAAACAUUCAUAUACAGUGGUACCUCGGGUUACAAAUGCUUUGGUUUACAAACGCUUCGGGUUACACACUCCGCUAACCCAGAAGUAGUUGCUCCAGGUUGCGAACUUUGCCCCAGGAUAAGAACGGAAAUCGCGCGCCGGUGGCGCGGUGGCAGCGGGAAGCCCCAUUAGUGAAAGUGCACCUCAGGUUAAGAACAGUUUUUGGGUUAAAAUGGAUCUCUGGAAUGAAUUAAUUUGUAACCCAAGGUACCACUGUAUACAAAAUGUAGUCUAACACAUCCCAUCCACUAAAGGAGGCCUCAGUAUCUAAAACUGUCUGAGUUAAAGGUCAAACACUUGGCUAAAAAGAAACAUUUCUGCCUGGAACCUAAAAGAAGCCAAUGAUGGUGUCAUGUGUGCCUUCCUGGGGAGAGCAUUUCAUAAGCAAGGAGUCACUACUGAAAAGGUCUGUUCUUGUGUUGCCAACCUCAGCACCUUUCUUGGAGAAGACACAUGGAGCAGCAACUCAGAUGAACACAAGGUCUGGUGUGUUCCAUGUGCAAAGAGGCAAUCCUUAAGGGUCCUGAGACACAUGAGGCUUUAAAACUGUCUUCCACUGGCCAACCAUCUAAAUUCUGGGCAUGAAUUUCAUAAGUUAAUUAUUGUUUAUGCUGAACAAAAAUCAAUAUCACAGAGAGAAAGGUUCUGGCAUUAUGAAAGAAGGAGAAUAAAACAAAAUUCUUCAUCUAGAUCCCCCUUGGUAUUUUUUGUUAUAAUUAUCCUAUAUUUGCAUUCCUAAAGGGUUUCAUGAUGAGUUUAAUUUGUGUCAUCACAAGGUACAAACCCUGAAUCUUUUACAGUCUGGAACAAAGAAGCUGCAGUCAUGACUACCUCUUCAUCCCAGAGCUAGCACAUGGGCGGGGAGAGGCAGGCAGGCAGAGAAUUAGUCAGACAUGCCAUGUACUUGUAUCCUGAUGUCAGGCUGCUGCCAGCGACUACCAUGGCCGGUUGCCCAGGAACAUUCAAAGACAAAGAAUGUUCUUACCGUCCACUUUUUAUGUAGUAUUUACAGAGAGAGGAUAUAAAACCCAGAGUCUUGGAUAAUGGUGUUGUCCCGCGUGAAUCCCCCCCUCCGUCUCUCCCACUUCCUCAUUCAUCAUCCUCAUCGUCUCCUCUAUGGGUGCUGCCACAUGCCCUCUGUCUCUGAGCUCUUUGCUCUCCUACUUUCAAGGCUUGCCAGGUUCUGGAAGGGGGGGGAGGUCCUGGAAUGCUUUCUAAAAACACUGUGUCCAUCAGCUGUCACCCCCCUGGUGCUUCCUCCUCCUCCUCUUCUCCCAUUAUUUCCCAACUUUUCCCUUUAUCUGCCUCUGAGCUGUGACCUCCUUCAACCCCCUUUUGCAAUUCUAAACUGUUUUCCUCUUCUCUAGACGGGUCAGGCUGGGAAGGCGGUCUCCACCACUCUUCCUCUGCCCAGUUCCUGACACCUGAUGAAGUAUGAACCAGGACAUCUCAUAUGCUCACCACUGCUAUGGUGCAUGAAUGUUCUACCCUUUGCUAGUAAUAACACCCUUCCCUGUUCAUUAGUACUAUGUAAGUAAUACUGUUGGCUUACAUCACAAUGUUAUUUUAUGGACUAUUGAGAUGGUGAACCUGAUAGCAGUGGUUACCAAUUAGCUAAGUACUGUAGACCCUCUGCUUUUCAAAAGCCAAACUGUGGACCCCCAUACUUUUGAACAUUUUGAUAUCUCUAUGAUAGUUUCUGUUAUGUGAAUGGAGUCAGAGACCCCAUGGCUGGGUUGUCCACAGACUCUCUGGGGUCCACAGACUACCAAUUGGGGGCCACUGCCUUAUAGGUUAGGGGUGGGGAACCUGCAGAUCUCCAGAUGCUGUUGGGCUACAACUCCCAUCAGCCCAUUUGCUGGCAGAAUGGGGUUUAUGGGAUUUGUACUACCGCAACAUCUGGACAUCCACAGUUUCCCAAUCCGUGAUAUAAGUGUUAAUAAUGAUUAUGAUUUACUUGCAUAGUUUUCAGCUAUCCAAUAGUCUCUGAAAGGAGGAAUGUGAUCAAAACAGGGAAUUAUAGAGAAGAGAUCAUAAGACAGCAAUUCUAUACCUUUAUUUGUAAGCAUCACUGAACGCAAUCUGUGUCAAUGUGCAUAAGACUGGGCUGCAUACUGUUCUAUAUGGAGCUUUGAGCCACAAGCAAACCUGCCAGAUAUAAUUGAGGGAUAUAGGAGAGCAGAUAGUUUUAUGUUACCUGCUCUUGAAAUCCCUUCAUCCUCAUUCUCCCUUUCUCUAGUUGUCAAUCUUGAACCUAUCACCAGCUCUUCCUUUACUAAUAGGAAAAGACAGCCCUUACCUGGAGCGAGCUCUCCAAGACAGACCCAGGUAUGAGCCAAUUUUUUAUUUCCAAGUGGAACUAAUGAAAAGGGUCAUUGGUUUCCCAGAAGACAUUCAUGGUAUUAGUUGCAAGACUUGGAUUUUCUCCUCAAACAAAAUAACUCUUCCUGCCUCCCUUUCUCCCGCCAUCCAGCCCUCCAUCUCUAGUCUAUGCAUGUCAAGUAGGUGGGAUAGCAGAGCAAGAAAAAUGACAUUUUGGGCCCAGGUUCCUUACAGAACUGCUUGGUCAUUGAGGUCAUUUGAGGAAGCCCACUAGGGUGUCACCAGAGUGACUGUAUUUUGCACAAUUCAACAACAUACUGGAAAUGUAGGUUUGUACAAUUUAAGUGGAUUUGACAACAAAUUCACUUAAACAUGCACACACAGAGACUUUUUGUGGUUAGGAAAGUGACAAGGAAGUGCACAGAAAAGUGGGAUGGGAUGAACUAAUUAUUAACAGGAAGACAUGCAAACACACAGUGAACAAAGCACAGUGAGCACAGGAUAAAUAUUCAUUGUGGUAUAGCUAUGGUUGACGUGUUGGAAAAAACCCAGGCAUAUCCUCUUUUGGGGGCCAACAUGCCCAUCCUGGCAGAUUUUUACAUUUUGGGGUUUGGGCAUUUUGGGGGGCUGCGGCUCAGCUGGUUUGAUCUCAGGCUCGGUCUCAGGCUGCUCUACAAUGAGUGCACAAGGUUGCAGCCCAAAUCUCACACUGGACGAGAUAUUAAUACUGUAUCUACUUCUCUCACCUCUUCACAAAUCCCUUGUAUUAGAUGUUAUUUGAAUAUUAUUGCACACUAUCAGAAAGUCUAUCUCCCAACUAUGGAAAUUUUGCUGACUUCCCACUGAGCCUGCUAGAAAGAUAACGUGAGUCCACACUUACUGGAGCAAGAUCAGUUACUUCUCCAGGUUCCUGUCCAUCAACUAGCUGUCUCCACCCACGUACAUGCUUCACCAAGAACACAUAAAUAUACCCUUAAUGCAUAGCGUGGAAAAUAGGUAGACAUUAUCUCCUCUAAAUAUAACUCCACAACCAAACUAAAUUGUGCUACAUAACUCUGCAGGCAUCCGUCUCUGUUCUUGAAUCCCUUAUGGGGAGAAUUUAAACGUGGGAUGUGUAUUCCCCGCCCCCCCGCGCCUUCAGGAUAUGUUUCUAUCAACAUGAUGCUCUCCCCAUACACCCUCUAAAUCUAUUCUAGGGGUAGGCAACCUAAGGCCUGUGGGCUGGAUGCAGCCCAAUCGCCUUCUCAAUCCAGACUGCAGACGGUCCGGGAAUCAGUGUGUUUUUACAUGAGUAGAAUGUAAUUUUAUUUUAAAUGCAUCUCUGGGUUAUUUGUGGGGCCUGCCUGGUGUUUUUACAUGAGUAGGAUGUGUGCUUUUAUUUAAAAUGCAUCUCUGGGUUAUUUGUGGGGCAUAGGAAUCCGUUCAUUUUAUUUUCCAAAAUAUAGUCUGGCCCCCCACAUGGUGUGAGGGACAGUGGACUGGCCCAUGGCUGAAAAAGGUUGCUGACCCCUGCUCCAACCGUAUGGAGCAGAUUUGAGGAGGGAGGGGAAGGGAAGGGAAGGAAGGGAGGGAAGGUGAGUGAAGUCAUGUUCCAUAAGCAGAAAUCCCUGAGCUGAUGGGGUGUGUUAGCAGAAUACUACCCAAUACAUUGGACUCCUGUCCUGCCUCUGCUUAAGCGAAUUUAUCUAUAGAUUUUUCUCAGAUAUGUACCAUACUUUACAUAUCACUCCUUAUUUCUCAUGGCACAAAAAGCCUGAAAUACAUCAUUAUGCCUUCAACAUGGUUUGGAUGAGCUUCCUUGCCCCUUAGGGACAGUGAAUCCAUUAUUCUAAAAUGUCACUUCUUACACUGGAAUGCAUGCCAGUGGGGAUUCCCCCUGUCAUUGUGUGAAAUAUCUUCCCAUUAUUAUGCAAGUAUUGUCUGAGUGACACAAAAAGCUUCUCUCUUGUGUUGCAAAGAAGCGGCAGAGUCAGGCUUCCUGUUAAUGGAGGGUCAAGCAGAACCAAGAGGAAGGGUGAUCUGAGGCCUCUUCUCAGAAAGAAGAUAAUGUACAGCUGGAAAAGAGUAAGAAAGAGCGCAAACAAGUGAUCAUGAGGCCACAGCAACUCCCCUAUGAGGAUAGGUUGCAACCUUUGGGGCUUUUCAGUUGAGAAGGUGGUGCAUGACAGAGGUGUAUAAUAUUAUGUAUAUUGUGUAUUCUGUAUACUAUUAUGUAUACUUUGGGGCACUUAAUGAAGCUGAAUGUCGGAAGAAUCAGGACAGACCAAAAGAAGAACAUUUUUACACAGCAACUUGUUAAACAGUGGAACCUACACCCAUCUGCUGUAGUGAAGGCCACCUAGUGUGAUGGCUUUAAAACACAAUCAGACAAAUUCGUGAAUGAUAAGGAUAUCAGUGUCUACCAGCAAUUAUAGCUAUGUUCUCCUUCCACUGUCAGAGGCAGUAUACUUCUGAAUAUCAGUUGCUGAGAAUCCCAAGUGGUGACAGUGCAAUUGCACUCAUGUUCUGCUUGCAACCAUUCCAUAGGCAUAUCCUAAAAAGCUUACAAGAAGCUUGGCCUAUCGCUCAACAUCCCAAAGAACCAAAGUGCUGCACCAACAAGCACAAAACAACCCCUCUGCAGCACCACAAAUCCAACUUAAUGGUGUAACAUUGGAAAAUGCUGAUCACUUCUCCUACCUGGGCAGUAAUCUUUCCACAAGGGCCAACAUUGAUGCCGAAAUCCAGCAUCACCUGAGCUCUGCGAGUGCAGCUUUCUCUCGACUGAAGUGCAGUGUUUUAGGACCAGGACAUUCACAGGGAAACUAAAAUGCUUGUUUACAAAGCUAUUGUACUACCAACCUACUUGUGAAACAUGGACCACUUAUAAACACCAUCUCCAACUCCUCGAAAGAUUCCAUCAACGGUGUCUCCGAAAAAUCUUACACAUCACUUGGGAAGACAGGAGAACUAAUGCCAGUGUACUGGAAGAAGCAAAGAUCAUCAGUAUCAAAGCAAUGCUUCUUCAACAUCAACUUCAUUGGACUGGUCAUGUUGUUCAGAUACCUGAUUAUCGUCUUCCAAAGCAACUACUCUAUUCCAAACUUAAAAAUGGAAAGUGUAAUGCUGGUGGUCAACAAAGGGGGUUCAAAGACUCUCAAGAUAAAUCUAAAAAAAUGUAGUACAGUAUAAACACUGACAACUGGGAAACACUCGCCUGCGAGCGCUCCAAUUGGAGAAAAGCCUUUACCAAAGGUGUCAUGGACUCAAACUUAGGAUGAAAGGGAGAAACAUGCUAAGAGGAAGGCGCAUUUGGCAAAUCCUCACCAUAAUCAACUCCCUAAGUCCCCACUGUGGAAGGAUGUGUGGAUCCAGAAUUGGCCUCCAUAGUCACUUAUGGACUCACUGUUAAGUCUGUGUUCAUAGAAGACAAUCUUACUCAGCUAUGAGUGAUUGCCGAGGAAGAAGAAGAAGAAGAAGAAGAAGAAGAAGAAGAAGAAGAAGAAGAAGAAGAAG